AUGCCGGCGUCCGGCCCGCGGUACCAGGUCGACUUGAAGCUGCACGUCGACGGCUUCGAGACGGUGCCCGAUCGGAAGGACAACGGCAACCUCGCAAAAAUUAGUUUGCACGACUCGACGACGUGGCGUCAGUGUGCUGGGGCUGAUCUGAAGAGCACGACACAGAUGGAGGGCCCAUCAAAGAAGAAGAGCCAAAACGACGCGGACAAGGACGACGAGCCGGGCAACAUUUCUUCGGAGGCCGACGUCACCGGUCGCCUCAUUCAGACGAAGAAGGGCAGUGCUGAGAAGCCGUCGAGCCCUGUGCGUUCUCCGAAGCGUAUCGUUGCCCCGCCAGUCGAGCCCCAACAGCCUGCCCCGGUCAGGACCGUCUCCCCUGCGCCGGUGAGCGACUCUGUGAAAGUCGUCAGUGCUCCUCAGAAUGUGUACAAUCCGCCGGCCGGCUUCCAGCAGCAGCAGCCGCAGCUUCAACAGCUUCCUCAGCAUCCGCUCCCCAUAUGCAACGGCGUCAUGAACAACGCUCCGCCUUGCUGUAUGAUGCGAGCCCAGCAGCAGCAGCAGCAGCCGAUGAUGAUGGGCCCUCCGCCGAUCUGCUACCCCUACCCGGACGCCAACUACUCCAUGUCGUCGCCUGGCAUUUGGAUGAGCGGCUUUGAGAUUCGCUGCUGGAUGAUGUUGUUCGGCUUCCUGUUGGCCAUCUACCUGUACCGCAUGGGUCUGUCGGAACCCCGUGUCUGCCCGCCCACUCGC